AUGAAUGCUCUUCCCCGCCACGCCGGCCACGACAUGGGCUCCGGCUCCAUGGACAUGGGCUCCGGCAGCGAUAGCGGUAGCAACGGGGCCAUGAGCCACAUGAUGGCCAUGGUCUUCCAGACGAAGACAGCAACGCCUUUAUUCUCCGACGGCUGGACGCCGCGCAGCUCAGGCGCCUACGCCGGAACUUGCAUCUUCCUCAUUGUGCUGUCCGUGGUGGCGCGACUGCUCGUUGCGCUGCGCGCAACGCAGGAGGCGCGAUGGGCAGACCGUGAUGCGCACCGCCGCUACGUGACAGCCCGCGGUAGGGUGCCGCUCGCCGAGGCGGUUGUGCACGACCCGGAGGCCAAGACCAUGGUGCUCUCGGCGAAUGGCGUUGAGGAGUCGGUUGUGGUGGUGGCCAGGAAGGAAGCGGCGACGGCGAGGCCCUGGCGCUUCAGCGUCGAUCCUGUCCGCGCGCUGCUCGACACUACGAUUGUGGGAGUGGGCUAUCUCUUGAUGUUGGCGGUCAUGACGAUGAAUGUCGGCUACUUCAUGUCGGUCCUCGGCGGCGUGUUUCUGGGCAGUCUGGCGGUUGGUCGCUACGGCGGCAUGAUGGAGCAUUAA